AUGUUCAGGGCUGAAGUGUACUUGCUGGCAGGUAAGUACACACGAACAGCUCCUCGAGGGACAAAUUCUUCUGACUCUAAGGUACUCGAGACCCCUAGCCAGUCCUUGGAGGCAUUUGAAACCCCUUGCCAGUCCUUGGAGGCACUGGAGACCCCUAGGCAGUCGUUGGAGGCACUCGAAACCCCUAGACAGUCGUUGGAGGCACUCGAGACCCCUAAGCAGUCGUUGGAGGCACUCGAGACCCCUAGGCAGUCGUUGGAGGCACUCGAGACCCCUAGGCAGUCGUUGGAGGCACUCGAGACCCCAAGGCAGUCGUUGGAGGCACUCGAGACCCUUAGGCAGUCGUUGGAGGCACUCGAGACCCCUAGCCAGUCGUUGGAGGCACUCGAGACCCCUAGCCAGUCCAUGGAGGCACUCGAGACCCCUAGCCAGUCCUUGGAGGCACUCGAGACCGCUAGCCAGUCCUUGGAGGUAUUCGAGACCCCUAGCCUGUCAUUGGAGGUAUUCGAGACCCCUAGCCUGUCAUUGGAGGUAUUCGAGACCCCUAGCCUGUCAUUGGAGGUAUUCGAGACCUUUAGCCUGUCAUUGGAGGUAUUCGAGAUCCCUAGCCUGUCAUUGGAGGUAUUCGAGAUCCCUAGCCUGUCAUUGGAGGUAUUCGAGACCCCUAGCCUGUCAUUGGAGUUAUUCGAGACCCCUAGCCUGUCAUUGGAGGUAUUUGAGAUCCCUAGCCUGUCAUUGGAGGUAUUCGAGAUCCCUAGCCUGUCAUUGGAGGUAUUCGAGAUCCCUAGCCUGUCAUUGGAGGUAUUCGAGAUCCCUAGCCUGUCAUUGGAGGUAUUCGAGAUCCCUAGCCUGUCAUUGGAGGUAUUCGAGAUCCCUAGCCUGUCAUUGGAGGUAUUCGAGAUCCCUAGCCUGUCAUUGGAGGUAUUCGAGACCCCUAGCCUGUCAUUGGAGUUAUUCGAGACCCCUAGCCUGUCAUUGGAGGUAUUCGAGAUCCCUAGCCUGUCAUUGGAGGUAUUCGAGAUCCCUAGCCUUUCAUUGGAGGUAUUCGAGAUCCCUAGCCUGUCAUUGGAGGUAUUCGAGACCCCUAGCCUGUCAUUGGAGGUAUUCGAGAUCCCUAGCCUGUCAUUGGAGACCCGAUCAUCUCUCAGUGGUAACAUGAGUCUCGUUAACCCACGAGGAGAGCCAGCACGGCUGCACACGCGCCGCUCCUCCAGAAGGGAAACGCCUUCACGACGCCGCGGGUACGGCAUAUACUCAGGGACCAACAAAUCUGGCGGAAGCGAACGCCCUAACCAGAGGACACGGAAAACGAAGAACGAGGUAGGAACACCUUUACCGUGGAAGCAGGAGAUACCGGAACAGCAGACAGAGGAUGCCGAGGUGGCAACACCCCCUCCGACAAAGCAGGUGACACAGCUGAAACGGCCGUAG